ACCGGGGGCCCCCGCGGUGAUGGAUGGGCGCCGCCGUGCGGCUGCUCGCCCUGGCAGAGGCGUCCCUGGCCAGCCAGCUGCCCUGCUGGAGCGGCGACGACGGCGGCCUCUCGCGCGAGGCCUGCUGCAGACCGCCGCGCGGCAGCGCCUCCUCGGCGGCCGCAGCCGGGUGCUUCAACGGCCUCUUCUCGGCGGCGCGCCGAGUGCUGCGGCCCGGGCGCCGCGCUGCUCUUCCCCGAGGCGGCCGUGCCGCCGCGGCCCGCGGCUCGCGGCCCGACGCCGUCGCGCCCGCACCCGUCGCGGAGCAAGGCGCAGAGGCGCUGGGAGGCGCGGCACCGUCGCGCCUCGACGGCCUUCGAGCUGAGUGUGGGCGGGGUGCGCGUGCUGCUGCACGACUUCAAGGGAGGCUGGCAGCACAACACCAACUACCGGGCUUACGCGGGCGGCCUGCACGACCCGUACGACCUCAACGGCAGGGCGCCGCUGGGCCCCGAGGAGGUUGCGCUGGACGUCGGGGCAAACCUGGGCCUUGUGUCCAUCGUCCUCGCAGCCAGGGGGCACUUCUCUUCACGGGUGAUUUCGCUUGAGCCGCACCCGGCGUUGUACCAUUAUUUGUUGUGGAACCUCCGCGAGAACAAUGUGACGGACCGGGUGUGGCCGCUGCGGUUGGGCGGUUGCGACCCGCUGCGCGCCAGGUGGUUCGGGCUGUGGCCGUGGUGGCAGCCACGCGAGAUGCGGGAAACGCUCUCCUCGGUGCCCAGGCCGCUCUGGCAGCGCCUGUGCCGGCGGCACAGGGCGCGGUGCCUCUCGCUCCCCCAGCUGAUGAGGGCGCUGGACCUGCGGCGCGUCACCAUCCUCAAGCUGGACUGCGAAGGGUGCGAAUGGGGAUUCCUGGGCUCCGACAUGGGCACCUCCUUUGCCGCUGCCGUGCGCGACGGGCGCGUCGGCGCCGUAGUCGGGGAGCUGCACCAUGCGGGCCGCCACUCGUCGGUCCGCGCCGUCCGGCCGCUGGCGCAAGCCCUGUGCGGCUGGGAGGCGGGAGGCUGCAACCCCUUCGUGGAGCGCUGCCAGACGUUCUUCCCGUCCUGCGCCAGCUUCGCGCCGCACCAGCUCUCGGCGCCCCCGACGGCGCUCCCGUCGGCCUGGGCCCGGGGGCGGGUGGAGGCGCCGGCGCCGGCGCUUUUACGCUCCCCGGCGGCGCGUCGGGCCGCCGCGGCCCGCGGCGCGGUGCAGGCGCUGCUGCGCGGGCCCUCGCCGGCGAGCGGCGUGCGCGCGCAGCGGGCGCUGCGCCUGCGCUGGGAGGCGCCGGCAGCGGAGAGCGUGGCCGGGUGGGCCACGCAGGCGCUGAGGCUCGUGCGCGGGGCGCGCCUGAGGCGGCAGAGCGCCAGGAGGUCGCACCGACGGUCCCUGCAGCUCGUCGAGGGGUCGCUGCUGGGCCGCGCGGCGCUGUCCUACUGCACCGACGACCCCGCGUGCGUUGCGCAGCUCGCGAGCGAGGCCAGCGAGCUGCUGCGGCGGGCCGCGGCGCACCGGAUGGCUGCGAGGCUGCUGGCGGCUCUGCGGCCCUCGGGGGCUGUGCCGUGGGCGAGCCCGUGGCAGAUGUGCUCUCGCUACGUGCGCGGCCUGCGCACCCUCGCCGAAUGGCAGCGCGCCGACCUGCAGCUCGAGGCGGCCUCCGCCGUGGGCCAGCUGGCGGACGCCAUGCGAAACGGCUUCCCAGAGAUAUUGGACGACCUCAGGCGCAUCCGGAAGCGGCAGUGGCCCGUUGCGUACGGCGAGGACCUCAUUCGGAGGCCGAGCAAUUGGACCAAGAUGCUGCUCUACGACGGCGACCUGGGCGGCCCCCCGCCGCAUGGCUUCCCGGGCCAGCCGUACCAGAAGCGCAGCCUCCACGGCGGGCUGUGCAGCAGGUACGCCCCCAACACGUGCAGGAUCCUGCAGCCUCUGCUCCCCGGGCUGCGGCACCCAGAUCUGCCGUACCUCCAGCCCGACCAUGAGCAGGUCGCCUUCUUCCGCCUGGCCCCUGGGUCGCGGAUAUCCUUCCACCAGGCGGUGCAGAACGGGCGGCUGACGCUGCACCUGUGCCUGAGCGGCUGCGGCGGCUCCUCGCGCAUACAGGUCGGGCCCCGGGUGCUGCGGUGGCGGCAGGGCGAGGUCCUCGUCUUCGACGACUCCUUCCUGCACCGCGUCGCGAUUGACCCGCACAGGGAGCGCUGGAUACUGCACGUGAUGGCCAUGCACCCGGCCAUCGACACGCCCGAGAAGUUCGCCCAGGUCGCGGCGGUUGGGCGCAUCUGGCCAGCGUGA